CUUGUCUGGUGCUGAAUAAUUUUCUGGCUUUCGCGUCGGCACAAAAUACAAUUUUGGGACUUUUAAUUUCAACAACCAGCGGAAACGUAAAUCGAGGUUGACUUCGCCAAAAAGGACUGUAAGAUGCCUUCUACCUGCUCCUUUGAGCUUGAUCGUCCCGAACCGAUUUACUACAGUGGAGAAACCAUCAACGGACGAGCCAUUCUCACAACUUCAUCCGAAAAGUCGGUAAACGAGGUGUACAUUCUUUUCGAGGGCGAGGCCAAGGUACGGUGGGAUGAGAGCCGGUCAAGAACCAGUAACGGCAAGACGCACCACUACACGGAGCAUUUCCGGGGCAAGCAGACCUACCUUAACACUCGGACCUGUGUGUUCGGAUCCGGAAACCUUCCGCCCGGAACGCACACCUACAACUUCUGCAUUCCCCUGCCGCUGGAGUGCCCUUCCUCAGUGGUGGGCCAGUACGGAAAGAUCUGCUACGAGGUCUCCGUGGUCAUCGAUCGCCAGUGGCGCUUCAACAACGUCUUCAAGAAGCCGCUGACGGUGCUGCAGACCUACAAUCUCAACAUGAGUCCUCAAUUGCUGAUGCCUCUGGUGCGCGAGGACAUCAAGCACUUCUGCUGCUGGCCCUGCAGCUCGGGUCCGGUUCUUUCGACCCUGACAAUACCCUUCGGCGGCUACGCACCUGGCCAGAAGAUCCGCUUCACCCUGGAAAUCGACAAUCAGUCAAGUGGCUACGACCUGGACGGCAUCGAAGUGAAGCUUAAGCAGACCUACAAGUUCCAGGCCCAAACGCCGCACCACAAGAUCCGUGAGAAGGAGCACAGUCUGCACAAAAGCUGCCAGGAUGAGCGGGUGCUGCGGCUCACAAAGAGGAUAAUCGAGGGCACGCUGGCCAUUCCCGCGGUACCGCCCUCCUCCCGCAUCGAAGGCAUCAUAUCGGUCAACUACAAAGUAAUUCUCACCAUCAGCACCGGCGAGUGCCACGUGGACUCUGACUUCGAGGUGCCCAUUGUCAUUGGCACCAUUCCACUGAUCCAGAGUGCUGAAAACCCAUCGCAUGCCGCAGCGUGGAUACCCGAAACACCGGAUACUCCGGCCGGAGCUGCCGCGGAUCUGCCUCCCAGCUACGAUAAGUGCAAACCACCAACCUUCGAGGAGGCCACCAACUUCGGCGAUAAGUUUAUCGACACCGACGUGGACGAGCCCAAUCGCACGGACGACUUUAUUCCGAAAUACCCGAUGUACACCAACUUUGCCAUGCCAUCGGCCCCACCACCGCCCCCUGCGGAAUCGGACUGCCCCUACCCACAGUCCGUUCCCGUGCUGUCACUACCUCAUGAUGCCACUGCCCCAUUGAUCGGAGGCAACUCCACUGACCGCCCCACACCAUCCUACGGCUGGAACUCCAACGCAUAGGCAGAACCAGAAACCUCAGAAGUAAUCUCAUUAACGGAUUGUACAGUGUCUUGAACAAUAAUGGAUAUUACUUAUUUACAUAGCUAAGCUAUUUCAGUCUCUAAGAUUAAGCAUGUUAUACAUAUGUUGCAGUGCCAUACCUCAGGAAUACAAAAAAUGUGUUAGUAAUUGCAACCACGCACGACAUUUGAAGGAAAACAUAUAUAGAAAGCGAAUAUCUUUUUGGGCCAGAUACUAUAAGCGAUCAUUCUUGUAAAGGAUGAUUUAACUUGGCUUUACGUCCUUCCCGUAAAUAAAAUAUCAAGCGAAUAAAAUUUGUAAGUCAAACUUGUAUUUCAACUUUGCAAACAUUUUUUAGAAAUGUGUAAGCAUUUGAUAACGAAAAUGUAAGGGUUAGGUCUUAAGUACUUGUAUUAUUUCGUUAUCUACUGAAUACUCAACUUGUUUAGAUAGUUUUAAUAUAAUACAAUAUUUACGAUUGUUUUCCAACCAAAAA